GCAGCGUUCUUUAUUGGACAAUAAGUCAUAUAAAGGCGACAGCGAUGGACACGUUUCCAUCUAUAAAAGGCGUCGGGCGGCUGAGAGCGUUUUCCAUUUGAGGGCAAGUCGCGACUUCGGGGUGACAACGAAAAAUGCUUCCACAUUUGCUGCGCCACGAGAACAAUCGGAUAUUUGUGCUUAUCUUGCUGUACUGCGUCCUGGUCAGUCUACUGAAGCUGUGCAUGGCGCAGUCGGACAAUGCGGUGUCCAGAAACGACAAUGGUAUCAAAGGUAUUUGUCUCAAUGGGCGUUUGGCAUUUAUAGCAAUUAUGGCAUUUGCAGAUAUUGGCCAUCUUGGAGACGAUUGCCAGGUGACGCCAGUGAUUCAUGUGCUGCAAUAUCCGGGCUGUGUGCCCAAGCCAAUCCCAUCGUUUGCCUGCGUGGGUCGCUGUGCCAGCUACAUACAGGUUUCGGGCAGCAAAAUCUGGCAAAUGGAACGCUCUUGUAUGUGCUGCCAGGAGUCGGGGGAGCGCGAGGCAGCCGUCUCUUUGUUCUGUCCUAAAGUCAAGCAUGGCGAGCGCAAAUUCAAGAAGGUGCUGACCAAGGCGCCGCUGGAGUGCAUGUGUCGUCCGUGCACCUCCAUCGAGGAGUCGGGCAUUAUUCCGCAGGAGAUCGCUGGUUACUCGGACGAGGGGCCGCUCAACAAUCACUUUCGACGCAUUGCCCUGCAGUAGGAGCUGUCAUAACUGUCAUAUAAUCACAUUUUGCACACAAUUUGCUCAUUAAAAUACAUUUAAUUGCCGCACUA